AAACAUAACCUCAAAUACCACCAAACAAAAAGCCGUCAAUUCAUCGUCCAAACAACUUGCAAAAUAUUUAAUUCUUCAAUUUUGCAAAAAUUAUCGGCAAUAUUGUUUUCUAGUAGAAACGUACGAAAAAAUUGUCAAAUAUGAGUUCUAUUGGCACAGGAUACGAUUUGUCUGCAUCUCAAUUCUCCCCGGACGGUCGAGUUUUUCAAAUUGAUUAUGCCUCCAAAGCUGUUGAAAAAAGUGGUACAGUUAUUGGCCUAAGAGGCAAGGACUCUGUGGUGUUGGCAGUGGAAAAAAUUGUCACAAGCCCACUGUAUGAGGAAGAUGCUGGUGCACGUAUUUUCACAAUCGACAAAAACAUUGGUUUAGCAAUAGCUGGUCUCUUAGCCGAUGGUCGUUAUAUUGUGGAUAUAGCACGACAGGAAGCUGCCAACUACCGACAACAAUUCGAACGAACUAUUCCAUUGAGACAUUUAACGGAACGUGUUGCUGCUUAUGUGCACGCUUACACUCUUUACAGUGCCGUCCGUCCGUUUGGUGUUUCGGUAAUUCUUUCUGCAUGGGACGAAGACCAGGGACCACAACUAUACAAAAUUGAACCAUCGGGCUCUUCGUUUGGCUAUUUUGCUUGUGCUAGCGGCAAGGCAAAACAACAAGCCAAGACAGAAAUGGAGAAAUUCAAUUACACUGAAAUGUCGACCACUGAUUUGGUCCAGAAUUCAGGAAGAAUUAUCUAUCAAGUGCAUGAUGAGCUAAAAGACAAAGAUUUCCGCUAUGAAAUGAGUUUGGUUGGCAAAGAAACGAAUGGAGUACAUCGCCUAAAUCCAGCACCAUGGCAUGCAAUGGCCAUAGAGGCCGGCGAAGCGUUCAAAAAUGAAGAUGAUAGUGAUAAUGAAAUUUAAUUUCAAUGGGAUGUCUUUUAUAAUUAAAUAACUAAAUUUAUAAGUCUUAUAUAUGAUUUUUGCUAUUUACCCAUCUCGGUUUGUUUGGCAAUUAAAUGUGCUGGGACUUAUUGUAUUGCCCAAGUAAAACU